GAAAUUUUAUGCUCGCUAUUGCCCCCUCAGGCCAAAGGUGUAACUGCAGCUUCAAUAGUAGGCUCGUGCACGAGGCGCGCGUGCUAUAUGUGCACGCUCCCGAACAAAAACAGCUGCGUCAGCCCCGUACCGGUAUAAUUUACAGGUUUGCCGGCAUGACUUCGACAGAGGUAAUAAUUGUAAAAUAUUUAGACCAAAUCAAUUUGGGCUGCAUAUUUUCCAGGUUGUGAUAGGUGCAUGCACAGCAAAGUGAGUUGAGUGAGGAAGCAUAAUAAUACCGAUAUAUGAAUACAUUAUGUAUGAUGUUGAAAAAAAUACUAGUACACAAAUUAUGCAUAAACGUAGGCCCUAUUGUAAUAUUAAAAUAAUUGCACUGGUAGUUAAUAAGCACUUUACUGGUUGCUACUUGACAAGUACAGGCCAUUUACUAGAAAAAAAAUCAUGUGAUGGACUGCUACUUUUUUUCUUUUACUAGAGUAAAAAUACAUAGAGGUACUGCUACUAUAACUUGAGUGCACCUUUUGUGUACUCUACCCACCUCUGCUUUUCUUUUGCAUCCAGGUAAAGAUAGUCUUAGCAACAUUAUUUUCAUCAAAUGUAAAUACACCAUUACCUAAAUGUUUUAUGGAUUAUUACAGCGAAGCUUUUGUAAAACAUGCAUUCCAUCACAUCAACGUGUAAACCUUAUUACUUUUCCUUCAAGGAAUCCAGUGCAUCUCAUUACUCCGAAGUUUCUGAAGAGAGUAGUGAUUCUGGAGGGGGCAGAGGGAGAGCAGGCAGAGGAGCAGGCAGAAGAGCAGGAAGAGGAACAAGGAGAGGAGCAGCCAGAGGGAGAAACAUAUAUGAAAGUACAGGCCGGGGGAGAGGCCAGGCUAGAGGAAGAAGAGCUAGAGCUGGACGCAUUAGUGAGGAAGACAGAGAACGGGUUGCUCAGAUGUCUGCUGACAGAACUGCAGAGUUACAGGCACAGUUGCAACACCUAAGUAUGGAUGAAAAAGAUGAAGUCCUUCAGAUGGUUGUUAGACGUCUGCCAGGAGUGUUACUGGACAUUAUGGACUAUAGACAGGCCACACCAGGACACCCUCCAUCAAACCAGGGUCAGCCAGCUUGGUGCACCUGCUCCUACUGCCGAAUGAUGCCUACAGACCUGGAAAACAAGUGCUGUAGACAGGAUCCAGAAUGGUGUUUGAGCAGGCGUGCUCAUUUUAACCUGUACUGCAUGGAUGAAGGCAUCAUGCGUUUGGCUCGGCAGACGUGGAAUGACAUUUUGGCUCUGCGUGAUAGCCAAGACCCUGGAUCAGAUAAUCGGGAGUACCGUUACUGUGCCUAUAGACAGUACACUAUUUGGCAAUAUGGACGUCUUGGCGCUGGCAAUCGUAGGGUGAUUCCUUCCUGCUGUGUUUGGAGGAUUAGAGACAAAUACCCUGACCACUUUGGGAUUUAUGUUGGUUAUAAAGAAGCCCCCUUCCGCUGAAACAAACAUGCAACUCAUGACCAACUCAGAAGUUUGACUUACUUUUAUUGUUGUUGCAAACUUUUUGUACAUAUUUACAUAAAUAAAUCUGUAGUGUUCAA